GAUUUCUUUGCGCUCGAUUCUUGUUCUUUCGGUACAUGAUGCAAAACUUCAAGGUAUUCCGCAGUAUGCAGUAGGACGUCGGCAACAUAAAGAAAUCUACCUUUCUGUAACCAAGGUUGAUUUCCUACUACCGAAACACAGAUCAGAGGGAGUCUCUCUCUUCUGUCUAGUUGAUAAUAAGGGUCGAAGUACAAAUGAUACGACCUUUGUUCGCGGUAGUUUCGAAGAAUUCCUUUUGGACCCUUAGUGUUGCUCAUACGUCCAAAAAAGCACUUCAGAGACAAAGAAAAAGAGAUUCUGUAGUUUACGAUGUACAUUCUAAAGAUGCGUUAAACUCGAAGCAAGUUUACGUUUUCGGUUUCUCAGCAACUGGAGCUCUUGGUAAUGAAAAGUAUCUUGGUUUGCAUGGUAAACCUGGAAGAGCAGGUGUUUCACACCCUGUACCUUUAAAAUGUUCGUCUUCCAUGGGUGUUCCAUUAAAAGCUGCUUGUGGCUAUGGUUUUACAACCUACAUAUGUGAAGGUAAUUAUGGAGAUUUUGGAGUCUAUGGAUGUGGGAUCAACAGUGAUGGACAAUUAGGAUCACAGUCUGUUGGAUUAAAAACCGAACUGGCUUCAGGAAAUUCAGUAAAUGUUAUUCCUGAACCUGUAAGAAUUGAUGUACGUCUUGACAACACGCAAAAAAAGAUCUAUCGUCCUUCUCAUGUAGCAUGUGGCCGAGCACAUACUAUUAUAUCAUAUGAAAAUUUAAAAGAGCCGAAUAAUGAUACACCUCCGCUUAUUUUCAGCCUGGGCAAUAAUGUUUUUGGACAGUGUGGAAGAGAAAUAAUUCCUGGUGAAAAGUAUGAUCACGAUUUAGAAGUCAUAACAAAGAUAGUACUUCCGCCAGAAAUAAAAUCUAUUAAACAAUUAGUUUGUGGCCAAGACCAUACCUUGUUGCUUAGUUCAGAUGGUAUCGUUUAUACUUGUGGACUUGGAUCAGAUGGUCAGACUGGUUUGGGUCAUUAUAAUGUAGUUGAUCGAUUCACUGCUAUAAAAGGUUCAUUGAUAAAUGAGCGUGUUCGUUUGCUGUCGUCCCGUGGUGAUACUGUUCUUGCGCUUACUGAAUCAAAUAAAUUAUUCGCUUGGGGUAAUAAUGAAUACGGUCAAAUAUGGUCACUGGAUCAAAAUGUACAAGUUUCAGAACCUAUUCAUUUGAAUUUAGAUCAUUGUAUUGUACCAUCAGAAUCUCAUUUAUCUCCGGAUAAUGUUCAUGUAGGAGAAAUACAAUCAAUUGCUUGCGCUGGUUCUAUGUGUUGUAUUGUUAAUAAAAUUGGACAGGUAAAUUUGGUUAUUUUACAGUUCAAUUAA